AUGCCGCCGCGAAUACCAGUCCUGCAGUGCCUGCGGCCGCAGAGCACAUCAUCCGCAUCAUGCACCUCACGUGCCUUUGCGACCACUCCCUCAUCACGAGCAUCAACCGUAACGCAGAGGAGAAAACACCGCGAUCCUUACGCCAUUGCACAGGCAAAAGCUCGCAAGGCUGCGAACAUGAGCAGACAGGAAGUCCUGAAGAAAGAGCGAGCAGCAGUGUUAGGAGAUCCGGUCCGGGGUGAAACAACUCCUUUCGUACGAUCUUUCGAUACAGCUCUACCUCCAGAACCCUCACCUGCUGCUGCCGCCACGAAGGGUCGAACCGAUGAGUCACCAUCAGAGGACGCACCUGGGCCGCGUGUGGAUUCGGACAAUCACCUCAACUUUUUCCUCUCGAAGGAUGAGCUGGAGGGCAACGUUCAAAGAAGCAAGUGGCUGACACAGCCGCUUCCGGAGGAUGUUAAGGAAGAGGCAGAUCAACAACAGAGGCUAGAAGAGCGCGGUGAGCGUGAUUCUUUCAGCGAUAGGAAGUCGUCUUCGGGGCUCAGCGCGCAACAUCAAGCGGAGAUUCACUCUUUGCUGAGCGGCAUGGAAGAUUCAUCAGCUCAGGAACCUCGCGAUUCAUGGUUUGACUCGGCACGACGCAUAUCGGACUUCACGAGCACGCAUGCAUCACGAGAAGAGAGGCUCAAGGAGGAGCAUGAAACUGCCGAGGAAGCGCUGAAGCGUAUCUCGAGUCUUUCCCUCGGCAACAGCAAAGAUCGCAUUCGUGUCAACAUUCAAAGAUGCGUCGAUGUAUUCGGUCGACAUAACACCGAUUCCACGCUACCGCCACGGCCGCGAUCCGCCGACACCAUUCAGGAGCAGGAUAAGUUCCCUCGCGUUGGGAAAGACACGGGCAGUAGUGAGGUUCAGAUUGCCAUCCUCACGGCGAAGAUUCGCACGUUGGCGGACACUCUAGAGUUGCGAGGACACCCGGACAAGAUGAACAAGCGUAACCUGAGGUUGCUGGUUCACAGGCGCGCGAAAUUACUGAACUACCUGCGAAGGAAGGAGAGGGGUGGUCCGAGAUGGCAGCAUCUCAUUGAAAAGCUAGGUCUCACCGAAGGUACCUGGAAGGGAGAGAUCAGUCUGUAA